AGCAGCCAGAGAGAGAAUGCUUUGAGCAUUCAUUUCCGGUUUGUUGCCAAGACGACUGCUGCUACACUGAAGCACAAACUGAAAGGGUUGCUAAUGACAGAUAAUAGAGCCGAUCAGCUUAAGGGAGCACACGACCCGGAGCUUGGGAAAUAGGGAGAAUACUGGGAACACAGAGAGAGAAGCUUGUUUUGCUAGCUGUUUUCCUCACGAAUAACUUGAACCAUGAGCCAAAGACAGGUUUUGCAAGUCUUUGAACAGUAUCAAAGGGCCAGGACAAGUUUUGUUCAGACAAUUGCAGAGCUUUGCACUAGACCACAAAACAUCGAGACUCUUCAAAAUGCAGGUGUAAUGUCCCUGCUGAGGCCUCUUCUGUUGGAUGUGGUCCCAACUAUUCAGCAGACAGCAGCUUUGGCUCUGGGGAGGCUAGCCAAUUAUAAUGAUAACCUGGCAGAGGCAGUCGUUAAGGGAGACAUUCUUCCACAGCUUGUGUACUCUUUGGCUGAGCAAAACAGGUUCUAUAAGAAAGCUGCUGCGUUUGUGCUGAGGGCUGUGGCCAAGCACUCCCCCGAACUGGCCCAGGCAGUGGUGGACUGUGGUGCACUGGAUGCCCUUGUCAUUUCCCUGGAGGAAUUUGAUCCUGGAGUAAAGGAGGCAGCAGCCUGGGCUCUAGGAUAUAUUGCAAGACACAAUGGAGAGCUAUCACAGGCUGUUGUAGAUGCAGGAGCCAUCCCUCUUUUAGUCCUGUGUAUCCAAGAGCCGGAAGUUGCUUUGAAAAGGAUUGCUGCUUCAGCCCUAAGUGACAUCUCAAAGCACUCCCCAGAGCUGGCACAGACUGUUGUGGAUGCUGGGGCUAUUGCUCAUUUAUCCCAAAUGAUUCUCAACCCCGAUGCUAAACUAAAACGUCAGGUGUUUUCAGCCCUCAGCCAGAUAUCAAAACACUCCGUGGAUCUUGCAGAAAUGGUGGUUGAAGCAGAAAUCUUCCCAGCUGUCCUCGCAUGCCUAAAGGAUCCUGAUGAAUAUGUGAAGAAAAACGUUGCAACUUUAAUCAGGGAAAUCACUAAGCACACUCCUGAGCUGUCCCAACUCAUUGUUAAUGCUGGAGGAGUGGCUGCUGUCAUUGAUUACAUCGGUGACUCCAGAGGGAAUGUCAGAUUGCCUGGUAUUAUGAUGCUUGGUUAUGUGGCAGCUCACUCAGAGAACCUGGCCAUGGCAGUGAUUGUCUCCAAGGGGGUGCCACAGUUGGCUAUCUGCCUGUCAGAGGAACCAGAGGACCACAUUAAGGCAGCGACGGCCUGGGCCCUGGGGCAGAUUGGAAGGCACACUCCAGAGCACGCACGUGCUGUUGCCGUGGCAAAUGUUCUUCCUAGGCUGCUUUCCCUUUACAUGGAAUCUGAAAGCUCAGAGGACCUUCAGGUUAAGGCGAAAAAGGCUCUCAAGAGCAUCCUGCAGAAAUGUACGUAUCUGCCAGCGCUGGAACCCUUGUUACAUGAGGCUCCUCCCAAUAUUCUAAAGCAUGUAGUUGGGCAGUUCAGCAAGGUACUUCCACAUGACAGUAAGGCUCGUCGGCUCUUUGUAACCAGCGGUGGCCUCAGAAAGAUUCAGGAGAUCAAGAGUGAGCCAGGUUCAGUUCUCCAAGAGUAUAUUAACUCCAUAAACAACUGCUACCCAGAAGAAAUAGUAAGGUACUACUCCCCAGGAUACUCGGAUACACUGCUGGAAAGGGUGGAUCAUUAUCAACCAGUCAUGUAAAGCAGUUAAAGAUAUCUGUGCUUUGUGAAUCAACUUUUAAGUAUAGAAAUGUGUUAUUACUGACUGUUUAUCACAAGUUUAAUGCACAU